GAUUAUAAAUUGGCUAAGGCUUCCUCUAAGCUUUGGAAGACAGAAAGAAGAAGCGAAAAUGGAGGGAAUGGAAAGGAUGGAACGGCCUUCUCCCCUAACUCCUGAACUCAACGAAGUAUUUCUUCGACGGCUUAAGGAAACAAGGCAAAGCUUGGGAUUUGGAGAUUCGAAGGUGGAGAUUAGAUUUGAGGGGCUAAACGUUGAAGCCGACGCGCAAGUCGGCCUGAGGACUCCUCCGACGCUCCUCAACGUCACCCUCAAUACCAUGCAGGAGCUGACGGAAUUACUACGUCCAAGUUCUACCAACAAAAAACCCAUCAGAAUUCUCAAUGGACUAACGGGAGUAAUAAAGCCAUCCAGGAUGACACUAAUCCUCGGACCACCAGGUUCAGGAAAAUCAACUUUCUUGCGGGCCUUGUCAAAAAAAUUAGAUCCGGCAUUCAAAAUCAGUGGAAAGGUUACAUUCAAUGAACAAGAGCUUAAACCUUCUACCUCAGAACAGCUAUGCAUGUACGUUAGCCAGCAUGAUCUUCACCAUGCAGAGAUGACUGUGCGUGAUACAUUAAAUUUCUCCAGCCACAUGUUCGGAACUAAUAAAGCAUUUGAGAUUUUGAGUGGCGUACCAGGGACAGAAAGGGCAUCAACCAAUAAAUUAGCCCCAGAGAUAGAUGAACUUCUUGAGGCUACCUCCUGUGGAGAAGGAAGCAACUUGACUACAAAUUACAUUUUGAAGCUGCUUGGCUUAGAGGACUGUGCCAAUAUUAUUGUAGGAGAUGAAAUGAGAAGAGGCAUUUCAGGAGGACAGAAGAAACGAGUUACCAUCGGAGAAAUGCUAAUCAGUCUUGCGAGAAGUUUCUUCAUGGAUGACAUAUCAACUGGUCUGGAUAGCUCCACCACCUACAUGAUUGUGAAGUUUCUCAGGCAAAUAGCACAUAUAAUGGAUACCACCAUGGUUAUUUCCUUAAUCCAGCCAUCAGCUGAGACGUUUGAGCUAUUUGAUGACAUAAUUCUACUAUGCAAGGGGCAAAUUGUUUAUCAAGGUCGUCGAGAGAAUAUACUUGAGUUUUUUGAGUACAUGGGAUUUAAAUGUCCCGAUAGAAAGAACAUUGCUGACUUCCUUCAAGAGGUGACCUCAAAAAUGGAUCAAGAACAGUAUUGGAAAGAUAACCAAAGGGAAUACCAGUAUGUUUCGGUUGAAAAAUUUGCAGAAUCCUUUUGUUGCUAUUAUCUGGAUCAGCACCUUGAAGAUAAACAGCAUAUAAUCGGAGGCUACACCAAGAGCGUGAGAACAAUUGCAACCAGUGAAAACUACAGAAUCUCAAACUGGAAGGUAUUUAAAGCAUGCUUCUCUAGGGAAGUGUUACUAUUGAAAAUGAACUCCCCAGUGCAUAUAUUCAAGAGCAUACAGAUAAUGAUAUUGGCUUUGGUGACCAUGACACUUUUUCUUCGAACAAAUAUGGACCAUCACUCAAUUGCAGGUGGAAAUAAAUUCAUAGGAGCUAUCUUUACUGGCGUAGUGAUAGUGAACUUCAAUGGAAUGACUGAGCUGGCAAUGAUAGUAAAGAGAUUACCUGUCUUCUACAAGCAGAGGGAGCUCAUGCUUUUGCCAGGAUGGGCUCUUCUUUUUUCAAUAUAUAUACUAAGCAUUCCAUUGACAUUGAUUGAAACAGGCAUAUGGACUUCCCUAACAUAUUUUGUCAUUGGUUAUGCCCCUUCUGCAACCAGGUUUUUUCAACAGUACCUGGCCUUUCUCUCCGUGCACCAAAUGUCAAUGGGCCUUUUUCGUUUGAUUGCUGCUAUUGGGAAAACGCAGAUGAUGGCUAACACACUAGGCACUGCAGCACUUAUUUCAAUUUACAUCCUGGCAGGAUUUGUGUUAUCCAGAGAUGACAUCCAACCAUGGCUGAAGUGGGGUUAUUGGUCAUCUCCUCUAACAUAUGGUCAGAAUGCAGUAGCACUAAAUGAAUUUUUAGAUGAAAGGUGGAACAAGAAAAUGUAUGACAACAGCAAUGAAACUAUCGGUGAGGUUUUUCUCAGAUCAAGAGGGCUUCUCACGCAGUGGCACUGGUAUUGGAUUUCUAUAGGCGCACUAGCUGGCUUCUCAUUAAUCUUUAACAUUCUUACAAUCUUUGCCUUGGAAUAUAGCAACAACCCGUACAAGCAUAAAGUUACUGCUAGUACUGAAGUUGCGGAUCUGCAGCUUAACGGGAAAGAUAAUGAACAACAAGGAGAUGGAAGAGUAUCAACUCCUUUGCCUUUUCAGCCACUGAACCUUGUAUUCCAACACAUCAGCUAUUAUGUAGACAUGCCAAAAGGAAUGAAGAAAGAUGGGAAUGGCAAAAGGCUUCAACUUCUAAGGGACGUCAGUGGCGCUUUCAGGCCAGGCAUUCUAACAGCACUAAUGGGGAUCACAGGUGCAGGGAAAACAACAUUGCUAGAUGUUUUGGCCGGAAGAAAAACUGGGGGAUACAUUGAAGGAAAUAUUAGCAUAUCUGGUUACCCGAAAAAACAAGAGGCAUUUGCUCGGAUCUCGGGUUACUGUGAACAGACGGAUAUUCACUCGCCAUUUCUCACAGUUCAUGAAUCUCUACACUUGUCUGCAUGGCUGCGACUACCUUCUCAUGUUGAACAGCAUGACAGAAAUAUGUUUGUGGAAGAAGUCAUGUGCUUGGUUGAACUACUGCCUCUGAAGAAAGCCAUUGUAGGCCUUCCUGGAGCCCAUGGUCUAUCAGCUGAACAGAGGAAAAGGCUUUCAAUUGCGGUGGAGUUGGUUGCCAGUCCUUCCAUUAUUUUCAUGGAUGAGCCCACAACAGGUUUGGAUGCUCGGGCCGCAGCAAUUGUCAUGAGGACUGUCAGAAAAACAGUAGACACUGGACGAACUGUUGUCUGCACUAUCCACCAACCAAGCAUAGAAAUAUUUGAAGCUUUUGAUGAGUUACUGCUAAUGAAAAGCGGUGGGCAGCUUAUAUACAGUGGACCCCUUGGUCCAUUUUCUCAGACAAUGAUCAACUACUUCGAGGCCAUCCCAGGAGUAGCCAAGAUCAGAAAAGAUCAAAAUCCAGCAACAUGGAUGUUAGAUAUCACAUCAACAAUCAUUGAAUAUAAUCAACGCAUAGACUAUGCAGGCAUCUACCGUAACUCUUCUCUAUACAGAGACAACAUGGAGAUGGUUGAGGAUUUGAGUAAAAGGCGACCAAAUCUUGAGGAACCACAUUUCCUCACAACUUGUCGAUUGAGCUUCAAAGUACAGUGUUUAGCAUGCUUGUGGAAACAAAAUAGAUCAUAUUGGAAAAAUCCAGAACACAAUAUUGUGCGUUUCGCUACCACUGUCACAACUUCAUUACUUUUUGGUGUAGUCUUUUGGCAGAUAGGCUCAAAAAUGACAAAGGAACAAGAUAUCUUCAACGUUCUAGGAAUCAUGUAUGGGUCAGCAUUAUUUUUAGGCUUCGCAAAUGCCAGUAUAGUGCAGCCUGUUGUGGGAACAGAAAGAACUGUACUAUAUCGAGAAAGAGCAGCUGGAAUGUAUUCAACUCUGCCUUCUGCAAUUGCUCAGGUGGCAAUUGAAAUACCUUAUAUAAUAGUGCAAGUGCUCAUCUUUUCAAGUACAGUAUACACAAUGGCAGGAUUUCAGCUGGUUGUCUCUAAAUUUUUAUGGUUUGUGCUAUUUAUGUUGUUAAGUUUCUUCUACUUCACACUUUUCGGGAUGAUGGCUGUGGCACUUACACCAAUACAAGAUGUAGCAGCUCUAUUGUCCUUCCUAAUCUUUAUCUUAUGGAAUCUCUUCUCAGGUUUCAUGCUUCCUAGAAAGCUGAUACCGACUUGGUGGAGAUGGUAUUACUGGGCUAACCCUGCAGCAUGGACAAUCUACGGUCUACUAUUUUCCCAACUGGGGGACCGAGUUGAAUUAAUCCAAAUCCCGGGAGGAACAGAUCAAACUAUAAAAGAGUUCCUUGAGGAUUACCUCGGUGUAGAAAGCACUUACUUCCCUAUUAUAGUAACCCUCCACUUCGGAAUUAUUGUUCUUUUUUUUAUUUUGUUUGUUGUUGGAAUAAAACAUCUAAACUUUCAAAAAAAAUGAUGAAACAAAGAACAACUACAUAGGGUAUUCCAAGUAUAUGUACUCUAGCAGAAAAAACUAUGUAGUGAAAAAUGUAUUUAACAAUUUAGUUAUGUCAAAGAGUGCAAUCCUCUUCUUUGGCAUUUCUUGGUUAAUAAUAUUUGGCAAAUAAAAAUAUAGCGACUUUUUCAAUA